AUGUGGCAGUAUUGCAACUGCCCUGGGUCUGAGGAUUCACAUCUUCAGCUUACCAUGGCUGGCCUAUUCCCAGCUAUGACUAAGGCACCAAGGACAGCUUUCACUUUCCAGGUGCUGGAUGACUUCAUCAGGGACAAUGUUGAAUGUGGAACCUCCACCAUGAACUAUUAUAGCAAACUUCAGAGAGUCACCUCAAGCAUGUUUCCUCACCUAGUGCCAAAUAGGUAUAGGGAAUUGCUCAGGGCUGGUGAACUUGUCCUCUUCUGCCCUGCCUGUCCCCAACCAGGGAUCAAUCCUGACUUGUGUAGCUGGUGGUUUGCUAGGACCUUUGUGAUGGAUGGCAACUUCAAGGCCAAGCAUAUGCUUUCCAAGAAUGCUGCCAAAGAGGUCUGGUUCAUGGAUGGAAAUGGCUUCAUAGUCACAUCAGCUCCAUACAAGGAAUAUUUGCUGGGACUCAAGAACUUGGCCCACUGGCUUGAGGAAAAUAGAUAUCUCUCUCUGCCUUCCAGAUUACAGAUUCAGCCCAGCAUUGGACUAUGGCAUGUCCAUGGCCAUCAGACAGAGUGCUUUGCCAGAUAUACUCCAAACUUUAUUCCAGGUGCCAGCCAGGUGGAUGGUGAAAUCAGGGAGACCCUCUGGUCUUCUCUCAACAUAAUCUCACCAUCAGCCUGGGGAAUAGUGACAGCACACUGUCAGGAGUUGCUGGACUUCCAAAUGAAUGAUAGUAACUUCCUCAAAAUGAUAUGGAUGCAUAUGUCAUCACAGUAG